ACUCCGGGAUCGGCCCCGGAGGGCGAACCCCGGCACGGAGGGGUCACUCAGCUCCGCGUAUAUUAUUUAGUUAAAUUCGUGGAAAUUCUGAGGCGCACACAGAUCCGGUGAUCGGCUCCCCGCCUCCCCAUUGGCCGGGCCGGUCACAUGCACGCCUAACUUUAUUCAGUUGACAGCAAGUAGGAGGGCUCUAUGGAAGGAGAAAAAAAGACAACACGAGAAAAAUUAGUAUUUUCUACCUUCCGAAAUUAAUGGCCAUGAGUUCGUAUAUGGUGAACUCUAAGUAUGUGGAUCCCAAAUUUCCUCCUUGCGAGGAAUAUUUGCAGAGCAGCUACCUAGGCGAACAGGGGGCCGAGUAUUACGGGGCCUCGCAGGGCUCCGAUUUCCAGCACCAGGGGCUCUACCCACGGUCAAACUACAGCGAGCAGCCCUUUGGCUGCGCCGGUGCCCAGGGCUCCGCCGUGCAGCCGCGGGGUCACGGACAGGAGCAGUCCGCCCCUCCGAGCCACUUCCCCGGCCAAGCCGAGCAUUGUCCUCCGCCUCCAAUGUCCAACUCCCGAGCCUGCGGCCAGCAGCCAGCCCUCAAAGCCCCCCACGGGUCAGCAGUUAAGCAGCCAGCAGUAGUUUAUCCCUGGAUGAAGAAAGUCCAUGUUAACUCGGUGAACCCCAAUUACAGCGGAGGGGAACCUAAGCGCUCCCGAACAGCUUACACCAGGCAGCAAGUCCUAGAACUGGAAAAAGAAUUUCAUUUUAACAGGUACCUGACCCGGCGCCGCCGUAUCGAGAUAGCGCACACUUUGUGUCUCUCUGAGCGCCAGAUCAAGAUCUGGUUUCAGAACAGAAGAAUGAAGUGGAAAAAAGACCACAAACUGCCCAACACUAAGGGCAGGUCUUCCUCCUCCGGUUCUAACCCCCACUUACAGACUAUUCCCAAGGACCAUCAGACUGACUUGACAACUUUAUAGAAGAGGUGACAUUUUCCAUUUCAUCCUUCGAUUCUGACCAGUACUGUACAUAAGUGACACUAUCCAAGCAGAACCUGCGUGUAGCAGCCAAGGAGUCGAGAAACUGCCAUCUUUCCAUAAGGUACUGUGGUACAAAGGAGACUAAAUGACGCUACUUCGGACUUUUAUUUUAUUUGCCUCUCGCUAGCACAGAAAGAAAGAAAGAAAAAAAAAAAAAGCAUCAUACAGGCAGUAGGAAUUGGGAAAAUAUUAAACGAGACCUUCUGUCCAUAAAAAGUAAUAAAUCAUUGAAA